AUGUUUUCAUCACAUCAUGGUUCACAUUCAAAUGAACUUGCUUUAGAAUAUUUUGAUUUUGCUUAUCCAUUAAUAUUUCAUCGUCAUUGGCCAUCUGUACGUCUUGCUUUACUUAGUUUACCUAAACCUGUUGCAUUACUUAAUCCAUAUUCACUUUCAAAUAAAAAUAUUAAACAAAAAUUAAUUGAACAAGGUUCAAUUGAUAUGUUAAGAUUUUAUAAUGAAAAACUACGUGAAGAUUUUAAUUUAAUUCAAGAACAAAUUUCAAAAAGUGACCAUGAAUAUGGAAUAAAAAAAUUACUUGAACAAAAAGAAAAUCGAAGAUUAUUAGGUACAAGUGAUUUAGUUGAUGAACAAGAAGAAAUAAAUGAAGAAGUAGAAGAGGAAGAAGAAAUUAAUGAAGAUGAUGAUAUGAAUACAUUUAAUCAACCGGAAUCUGUUAAAAGACUUGAUGAAAUUUAUAAACAAGCACUUGAACAACAGGCUCAAUCAGUUAUUAAAGGAAAUGUUGUUUCGAUUGUUGAUGAUGAUAAGGAACGAGAUUAUAGAAAAGUUCCUCCAUCAUGGCAUGUUUAUACUUUUCCACGUAGUAAUAUGUCAAGAUUUGAACCAGCUAAAACUGAUGAAUUAGGUUUAUUGGAUUAUUACUGUAUGGAUGGAGCUUGUGUUCUUCCUGUUAUAGCACUUGAUGUUCAACCAUUUCAUUCCGUACUUGAUUUAUGUUCAGCACCAGGUGGAAAAGCAUUAAAUAUUUUUCAUAUGUGUCCUUAUAUUCAAUUAACAUGUAACGAUAUUGAUAAUUCACGUUCAAGACGUUUACUUGGAGUUUUUACUCAAACUAUACCAAAAGAUAUAUUAUCUAAACAUAUUAAAUUUGUUAAAGGAGAUGGAUGUUUGUUUGGUGAAAGAGAACCAGCAAGUUUUGAUCGAGUACUUGUUGAUGUUCCAUGUACAAGUGAUCGUCAUGCUUUACUAACAGCAUUUAAUAUAUUCUCAAAGAAACGUAUUCAAGAACGUGUUGAAUUACCUGCAUAUCAACGAAAAUUACUUGAAUCUGCUAUUCGAGCAUGUAAACCAGGUGGUAUUGUUGUUUAUUCAACAUGUACAUUAGCUCCAGCUCAAAAUGAAGGUGUAGUUGAACAAGCUAUUGAAAAUUUAGCAUCAACAACAUCAAAUAAAAAAUCUCGUGGAUAUAAAGGAAAUAAUCCAAUCAAAUGUGAAAUUAUUUCUACAAAAUCAUUAGAAAAACAUUAUUCUUAUUUUUUUGAUUUUCAUGCUAAAACAAGUUAUGGUAGUCUUGUUUUACCGCAUAUUUCAAAUAAUUUUGGUCCAUUAUAUUUUUGUAAAAUUCGAAGGAUCAAUUAA